AUGGUAGUGCAGCAUCUUUUGAAAUUACCCAUUUCACGCUUUUGUGCUGCUUUGAUUUCUGGCAAUAGAAAUGACUUCCUCCUCUUCUCAUCCAGAUGCCCGCACACUUCUUUGUUAUCGGUGAGAUGGAACAAGGCCCAUGUGCAUAUUCCUCUCAGAAGUUUUGCUGCAACAAAAUCAGAAAUGGCUCGGGUGCAGAAAAAGAAAAGAAGAUUGGAUGAAGUAUGCCUUCAAAGAUUUCAGCAAUAUAGUCGAACAUUCAUACAGUCGUGGAUCUUGCAAGGUAAAGUAUUAGUUGACGGAAAAGUGGUAAGCAAAUGUGGAACUCCCAUCUCUGACAAAGCAGUUUUGGAGAUCAGGGCUGAAGUUCCCAAAUAUGUAUGUAGAGCAGGACACAAGUUAGAGGCUGCCAUUGAACAACUGGAGAUUGAUGUAGCAGGAAAAGUUGCUUUGGAUUCAGGUCUGUCUACUGGAGGAUUUACGGAUUGCUUGCUUCAGUUUGGUGCGUCAUUUGUUUAUGGUGUUGAUGUAGGGUACGGACAGGUGGCAGACAAAAUCCGUCAUGAUAAUUCUGUAUGUGUUAUAGAAAGAACAAACUUAAGAUAUCUUUCUCAACUCCCGCAAAAGGUUGAUCUGGUUACUUUGGACCUUUCUUUUAUUUCCAUACUAAUGGUUAUGCCUGCUGUAGUCAGCAUGAUGAAGGAAGAAGCUACAUUAGUUACUUUGAUUAAACCUCAAUUUGAGGCACGCAGAGGCCAAGUGGGACGUGGUGGGAUUGUGAGAGAUCCGUUGGUUUAUCAGGAAGUUCUUGAGAAGAUCAUAAACGGUGUACAAGAUUUUGGAUUUCAGUGCAAAGGUUGGAUUGAGUCUCCAUUGAAGGGAGCUGAUGGAAACAAAGAGUUUUUAGCAUACUUCGGCCAAACGGCUGAAAGACCCGAAGACACCUCACCUGCUAAGGCUGAUAUUAGUAACUUGCACAGGGGUUGUCGACAAGAUAUGGAACUGCCAAAGUAA